AUGGAUGCAACUCCAGGACUGUUGGGAUUAAACCCAUCAUCAAGGAGAUUGCUGAAUAAUGCGGUUGCAGGCCCUCUGAUGAAGAAGACUCCUGAAGAGAUUGUCACUCUUCUGAAUGAACUAUUUGAAGACGCGGAACAAUGGUCCACUGAUCAAGGGGACCGAAAAAGAUCAGCAGGGGUGCACCAACAAAAUCCCAGAGCACCAGUGCAAGGACCUCAUGGUUUCCAAACUCAACAGAGGAAAUCUUACCAAUCUCCACAGCCCAACAACUUAGGUUUAGAAGAUCUAAUAAAGGCAUUUAUAAAUAAAUCUGAUGAGAAACUUGAGACUCAAGGGACCGCUAUCAGGGAGCAAGGCACAGCCAUCCGGAAUCUGGAAAAACAAAUAGGGCAGCUUGCAACAUUGUUGUCAGAAAGGGCACCGAGGACUUUACCGGAGAAUGUCAGCAACAAGGAUGUUGAUAAGCAGAAAGUGAACGUCGCAGUUGAGGAAAGCAAGCACAUGCCAUUGUUACAUUUUCCUCAAAAGAUUAAGCGGGAGAAAUUAGACAAAUUCUUUGGGAAAUUCUUGGGCAUGCUGAAACAGUUGUUUGUGAACAUCCCAUUCACGGAGGUGCUCACACAGAUGCCAGCCUAUGCAAAAUUCCUGAAGGAAAUCCUCUCAAGCAAAAGGAAGCUCGAGAAAACGAAAGUGGUCAAACUCAAUGCCCACUGCAGUGCUAUUCUACAGAACAAAAUUCCCAAGAAGUGCGGGGAUUCUGGCAGUUUUACUAUACCUUGUUCGUUGGGUAGCAAAAAUUUUGACAAAGCCUUGUGCGAUUCAGGUGCAUCCAUUAACUUGAUGCCAUUAUCGGUGUUCAAGAAAUUGUAA